AACUUGUUCGAGGGCUAUCCAGAAGCCAUAUGAUAAGCACUCGUUAGUACUGUUCAGGCCUCUUAUUUCAUUUGACGGAAUCGUGUCGAGUGGUUUUCAUAAUAAAUUCUCUGAUGUGGGUUCUGUUCGUGCCUUUAAAUACGGCAGAAAGCGUUUGAAUAAAGCAGAAAAAUAUAUUGGAAAAUUGGUUGAAAGAUAGACGAGCAAUAUAUAAUAAUGUUUUCUAUUUAAAAUCAGUAAAAUCACACUUAUCGUCGAAACAAAUAUAUGUUUUUGAAUGCAAGAAGUAUGUGGAAUUGUAUUGAAACUGAUACUUAUGAAAAAUAAAGUUAAUUUACUAGUUUUGGUGUGCAAGAACUAUAAAAUAUUUAAAGGUCUAAUUAAGAGGAUAAUUUCUAACAAACAGAGUCAAUAACAACUCUUGAUGGUGCAAGUAGAUCAUAACUCAACCAUUGCUUGUAGUGUAAAAUUGAGGGAUGACUUUUAUUCCAAAGGAAUCGUUGGCGUCUUCAAUUUCCCAAAACAAUAAUCACGCAGAUGAAUACAUUCUUAAAGCAGAAUCAAAUACAAAACUUCCAGAACACGUCGCCACUGCGGCAGCUGCAGUUGUAGCUAUUGCGCAACAACAUAAUAUUUCAAAUUUUCAACACUUACCUAACUUAAACAACCAACAAAAUAGUUAUAAUAUAUUCUAUAGCAACUGUCAUUCCACUCCGUUCAGCGUGACCGAUAUAUUAAGUCCUGCUGAAGACAAUACCAGGAAAAUAGAACAUAUUGAUAGCCCGUCUUCUCCAUUUAGAUCCAAUUCAAGCGAAAGUGGUGUUAACUCUCCAAGUUCGCAGUGCCCAUCAACAAUGACUAGUCCGUAUACUAUGAGUUCAAUUUACCAUAGCCCAGGUGUGCAAAGUUACUGCGGGCCAACAGACAACUUGUCAUUAGCGGGACACUAUGGUGAUAUGCGGACAUCUACCUGGUACGGUUCUACAGCUAACGAUCCAAGAUUUGCAAUUUCCAGAUUAAUGGGUAGUACUGCAACCGGUACCAUGGGACAUAUGGGAAAUAUGGGAUCGCUUGCCACAUGUACAGUUAGUGAAACGAAAUCCUUACAAUUUCCUUUAACGCAAAGAAGGAAAAGAAGGGUUUUAUUUACACAAGCACAGGUGUAUGAAUUAGAAAGAAGAUUUAAACAACAAAGGUAUUUGUCGGCGCCUGAGAGAGAACAUCUAGCAAGUCUUAUUCAUUUGACACCAACACAGGUCAAAAUAUGGUUUCAAAAUCACAGAUACAAGUGUAAGAGACAGGCGAAAGAAAAGGCAAUGGCCGAACAAAAUUCGCAAAAUCAGCCAGCAAGUUCACCACGACGUGUAGCAGUGCCAGUUUUAGUAAAGGAUGGGAAACCAUGUUCUACAGGAAGCACUGCCCAACCUCACGGACACCAUCCAACAAACAGUGAUAUAGGUGAUGAUGGUGGUAGUGCAUUAAACUCAAAUAGUGCUAAUGUCAUAUCAAAUAUAAAUAUAAUCUCAAAUGAAGCGCCCACCUCCAAUUCUCCGGAUACGUCAACCUCACUGUUGGCAACGUACAACGAAUCUGUUACCAGUUCUCAAAUGUUACAACAACCUUGCAAUAACGCUAUAGUAUCAAAUAGUAUAGCAAUGGCGUACAGAAGUCAAAACAAUUUCAUACAAAAUGGUCACCAACAGCAAUGUGGGGGUUAUUUACCAAUCCAAGGACGAGCGUGGUAAUAGGUGGAUAUACAAAAGAGGAGGUUGAGCAGCGAAAUAAUGGAUAAAUAUGUAUGUAUGUAAAAACGUGUAUAAAAUUUUAUGAUAUAGUGGUUUGAUUUACACAAAUAAAUGUAAAAUUGGGAGAUGUUAAUGUAAUUCA